GUGUCACUUCGGGAGGCAAUAACUAUAUUAUACGAAAUCAAAUUUUACGAUUAUCGAUAUUCAAGUUAAUUUAUCGUCAAUAAACGCGUUUCCAUAUUACAUACGUAACCAGUAAUAGUUUCCGAGUUACAAAGUUUUCGACCAGUCCGGUUCGAUAUUAAUUUACGCUAUUAUAAUAUUAUUUUAUCCUACCAGCGACCAAGGAUAUUUCAAUAAUCAAUAUAAUAUUGCGAUUGAUCAGAGACACGUCCCGUGGCUGACAUGUUGAGAGACAACGCGAAUGCGCAGGUGGCUUGCGCCGUACUGCUGUUGAUCGGAGCGAUGAUCGUGGACAACGUCGGGGCGUCCACCAAGUACACGCUGCUCGGCAAGAACCAAAUCGAAGUGACAGAGUCGAUGGUGACGUGCAAGAACGGCAAGUCCGUGUCGGUGACCACCGGUGUGAAGGGCGAGCUGUACGCGCUGUCGACGACCAGGACGAGUUUCUCGGGCGACAAGUGGAAGAGGCGGAUGGCCGAGCUGGACAGGGAGUCGGACGACGAACAGGGACACGUGGUGGCGUCCGUUUUCGGUGGACCCGUCGAGACGUGGAACCUGGUGCCGCAGCACCGGAGCGUCAACAGGAAGAUCAACGCGCAGAGCAGCCUGCUGAACCGCUGGGACGAGUUCGAGAAGUGGACGCGCGAACAGCUGGGCAAAAAGAACGGCGCCCCGGUAAAAUUCACCAUCAAGAUAAAGUACGCGGCCAGCAACGGAUGCAGGCCAAUCGGUUUCGAGAUCGACGCCACCAGCAAGGCGGGACCCGGGUUCCAGGGGAGAUUCGACAACGGCCCUUACGGGACUUUCGCCGUCGCCAGCAAAAAACCAUCGAAGAAAAAGCCGUGAAGCAGACGGGACCCGAACCCAUUUGGGCCACCAACGAUGUGGUUUCUGUGAUGAUUACUGGUUCACCAUCUUUCGUAAUGUUAUACUAAAAAUUAUGAUUUAAUUUUUUUUUUUGCAUUUAUUUUAAAAUUUUAAUUAUUUCAAUAAAUAAUUGUUUUUACAAUGGCUUAAACAAAUACAAGUUACAAGAAACUUAGACUUAUAA